GAUUGCUCCCUCCAGGAGAAAAUUUCAAGGUCCUUCAUUUGCACUGGGUAUGGAGGUGCAAGAUCGCAAUCCUAGCACAAAGAGGAAUCCCAGAACAAGGAAGGGAGAGGCUGGAGGAUGAGGAGUUCCUGGUCAUCUUUGACUCCAAGUGUUGGAAGCCAAUCGAGGCUACGUGAGACUCUGUCUUCAAACAGUACCAAGGGUGGCUGAUGGUGAUGGUAAAGGCACUUGCCUCUGAGCCCGAGGACCUGAGUUCCACCGCUGGAACUCGGAGAGAAGGAUCCUGCUCACGGUGAGGAAGUGCCACAGCGCAUUCAGCUCGAAAGCCAGGAGAUUGGACUGGAGGCUAGCCAGCUGGGUGCCACAGCCCCAGUGACAAGUGGAGCCGCGGGAGCAGACUAAAGAUGGAGAAAGCACAAGAAGAGAAUAGGCCAAAUCUGAAGUCCUUCCAAGGGUGUGGCUCUGUUCAUCUCAUUUCCCAGCCCAAGUGGAACAGCGGAAAAGCGUGAGAAGGACAGACACAUUCAGCAGCCAGAGGACACGGUGGACAGAGCGGAGCACUUGUAGACAAUAUGCCGUUCUUCGGGCCCAAGGCGCUGCUGCUGGUCAUGGCACUCGUUAUGCCCUCCGGCUGGCUACCCCUAGGGGUCCGUGGUCAACGAGGAGAUGAUGUGAUCGAAACCUUCACAGAAGAUCCUAAUCUGGUGAACGACCCUGCUACAGACGAAACAGUUCUGGCUGAUAUCACACCUUCCACAGAUGACCUGGCCUCAGCCGGUGACAGGAAUGCUACCGCAGAGUGCCGGGAUGAGAAAUUUGCUUGCACGAGACUGUACUCUGUCCAUCGGCCAGUAAAGCAGUGCGUUCAUCAGGUCUGUUUCACCAGCUUACGGCGCAUGUAUAUCAUCAACAAUGAGAUCUGUUCCCGACUUGUCUGUAAAGAACAUGAAGCUAUGAAAGAUGAGCUUUGCCGGCAGAUGGCAGGCCUGCCUCCAAGACGACUCCGCCGCUCCAACUACUUCCGACUUCCUCCCUGUGAAAACAUGAAUUUGCAGAGACCCAGCGGUCUGUGAUCAUCAAGGAAGAAAGUGUGGGUGAGAGGAAUCAGACAGUCCUCCUCCUCCAGCCAACGUCGUCUGUCCCAUAGACAUGUACUUCUUAAACUAAGCCCUUUGCCAUGCCCAGGCUUUGACCCGACUGUCUAAUUUUCACUGGCACCGGUAACCUUUGUCUCAUUUUGCAGUACUGACAAUACAGAGUCUACAUGGU